AUGGCUCGCUACGCUGCGGUUCACGCUUGGGAUAAGCUCGCCGGACCUGGCGAUGCCCGCCCUUCUGCCGAACAGAUCAUCAAGGACGCCGGAAAGGAAGACCUCAAGGGCCAAGUCAUCAUCAUCACCGGUGUUUCUUCCGGUAUUGGCGGUGCCAGUGCCGUAGCCCUCGCCGCUACUGGUGCAUCUCUCUACCUCGCCGGCCGAAGCAUUCCCAAGGCUAAGGCCGCUCUCCCCACCAUCGCCGACCUUCCCAAUGUCCACUUUCUCGAGCUUGACCUGGCGUCGAAUGCCAGUAUCAAGGCCUUUGCUGCCGAGUUCCUGAAACAGUCUGGUGGCAAGCUUAAUGUCCUGCUCAACAACGCCGGCGGUGUCCUCGUUGAGCGCAAGGUUACUGUUGACGGCUUCGAGCAGCAGCUUGCCAUCAACCAUCUGGGCCCUUUCCUCCUUUUCGCCCUUCUCAAGGACGCUCUGCUUGCAAGCGCAUCAGCCUCCAACCCUAGCCGUGUGAUCAAUGUCACCAGCUUCGGACACCGCUACGGAAACAUCAACUGGGACGACCUCAACUUUGAGAAGGGAGAAUACCCUUCCACAGGCGCCUAUGCCCAGGCCAAGACCGCAAGCAUCUACACGGCCACCGAGAUUGACCGUCGCUACGGAGCCCAGAACCUCUUCGCCUGGAGCGUCCACCCCGGUGGCAUCAUGGAGUCGGCCUUUAUGAAGAACGCCGGAUAUUCCCAGGAGGCCAUUGACGGGUUCAUGGACGUUUGGCCUUCUAAACUUUUCAAGAACAACACGCAGGGCGCUGCGACGCAAGUGUGGGCGGCGGUAAGCGACGAUGUCCUGGCUCCCGAGGCCAGAGGAAAGUACUUGGAGGAUUGUCGUGUUUCACUUCCCACGGAGCAGACGGACAAGCCGGAGUGGCUGGGACACCCUGGUCAUACCUACGACGAGACUGCUGCGAAGAGGAUUUGGGAGGUCACCGAGAAGUUGCUCGGAGUCAAGGCUUAA